AUGCCCAAGCAAGGAUAUCUAAACCUUGUAGUUAAAGAGGAGGUGGUGCUAAUUAGAAUAUUAGCCGGAAACAGAGAAAGGGAAAAGGAGAAGAUUUAUAAAAAUCCAGCGAAAGGGUAUCCAAAACUACAAGCUAUCUUGCAGACAAUAAUGUUACAUUGCACCAAAGGUACUACAUUGAAUGCAAUCACUUAUGAUCACCUCGUGUUCUUCUUGAUGGGAAACCAAGUGAUAGAAUUGAAAAAGGUGGAAUUCACAGAGGAGGAACGUGACUUCUACUCCAGAUUGGAGACGGAUUCACGUACUCAGUUUAAAAGUAUAAAGUAUGCAGCUGCUGGGACUGUCAAACAAAACUAUGUGAAUAUCUUGUUGAUGCGAUUUCAUACGUGUGGGUUAAUAUGUGGACAUGACAAUAUUGAUUCUCUCCUGCUUAUCAUGGACAGCGAGAUAUAUAGAUUUUACAAUCUUAUGAGGUCAGUCAGAUGUGUUAGAGAGGUCUUAGCACCCGGGGUGGUGAGUUACCCUCAGGAGUUCUACAACUGUCCCAGUCUUGGCUUUCCUCUGUAUCUUAAAGGAUUCUUGUUCCCUAUAAUCUUCUUUUCUUCCACUUUGACUGAUUUGUGCAAGAGAUCUUCUGUUGGUACAAUUGCCAAAGUCAAGGGCAAAGCAAGCAAAACCUUUCUGAGCAAGGAAGAUUGGUGUGGACUGGAAAGUCCAGCUCAUGUCAUUGCCAUACCCGUGGACCCCAAGAUGACGCCACGUGGAGUGCCGGAUAUGGGAAGCCAUGAUCUUGUGAAGAAGAGAGGCCUCUGGGGUGUGUUGUCAUUAUUGGGGCUUAUUUCAUUGCUUCAACCUUAUCGAUAUUGGUAUGCAGCUGCUGGGACUGUCAAACAAAACUAUGUGAAUAUCUUGUUGAUGCUUUGCGCCUUCGCCAAGCUUGCGAUCAACCUCUUACUUGUCAGGGGUUUUGAUUCAAACUCCUUAGGGAGAUUAUCGAUUGAGACUGCAAAGAAUCUUCCUCAGGAGAAGCCAACAUUUCUUCUGAGUUGUUUAGCAUCUUUGGCACUCUGUGGCAUCUGCAAUGAUCCACCGGAAGAUGCUGUUGUUGCUGUCUGUGGUCAUGUUUUCUGCAAUCAAUGCGUCUCUGAACAUCUUAGUGGUGAUGACAACCAGUGUCCGACCACAAAUUGCAAAGUUCGACUCAGUGCAUCUUCUGUGUUUUCAAAUGCCACCUUAAAGAGCACUCUCUUCGGGCAGCCUGGUCGGGAUAGUUCCCUUAAUUGUUCUGGUUCUCAUGUUGUUGAGGUAAUUGGGCCUCAUUCUGAGGAUUGUUCAUAUGAUUCUUCCAAAAUUAAGGCUGCCCUUCAGGUCCUGCAAUCGCUAGCUAAACCUCAAGAUCAUAGCUUAAAGAGUAGUGGGUGUCCGGAAGGUUUGUCCGAUCUCCAUUCUGGGGUUUCACCAAAUGGUGUUCUUGAUGAAAAAAAUCUUGAUGCGGGUGAAAGUUUGAAUGAUUCUUGCAAGGUCCUUGGAGAGAAAGCCAUAGUGUUUUCCCAGUGGACAAGGAUGUUGGAUUUAUUUGAAGGGUGUCUUAAAAGUUCUUCCAUCCAAUACAGAAGACUUGAUGGAACUAUGUCAGUUGCAGCUAGAGAUAAAGCAGUGAAGGAUUUCAACACCCUUCCAGAGGUGUCUGUUAUGAUUAUGUCUCUGAAAGCUGCUAGUCUGGGGCUGAACAUGGUUGCAGCUUGCCAUGUUCUUCUGCUGGAUCUUUGGUGGAACCCUACAACCGAGGACCAGGCAAUUGAUAGAGCACAUCGAAUUGGGCAGACUCGCCCUGUAACUGUUUUGCGUUUAACCGUGAAAGAUACAGUUGAAGAUCGUAUUUUAGCUCUUCAGCAAAAGAAGAGGGAGAUGGUUGCAUCUGCAUUUGGAGAGGAUGAAACUGGUGGUCGUCAGACUCGCCUCACUGUAGAAGACUUGGAAUACUUGUUUAUGGCAUGACAUUUCACUCUUAAAAUGACAGCGGUAGACUACAUUCUUAAGCCAGCAGUGUUAGACUUGCACCCGGGAGGCUCGUGCAUUUUGUUUGGCAUUUUGUUUGGGGAUGGAAAGAUUGGAUCUCCAGCUUCCUCCUAUAGAAUCAUUACCAUACCCAUCUUCCUCGCCUAGCGGAUUCCAUUUUGCUAACCCAAAUACCAUUUAUAGGUUCUUUUGGACAUGAGGGCAAGGAGUAAGGCUCUUUUGACACUGUGAAUAGUCACGAAAGAAUCCUCACGGUUCCCUUAGUAACAAUAGGAAAGUUGAAUUUUUUUUGUUGCUCUGGCCAUCGAUACUUCUGAACCUUUCAUCACCUGUGACAUUGUAUAGGAUUUAGGGCAAGUGAGCUAUACCAAAGUAAAGAUAAUAGAGUUGAGACGGGUGAUUCUUUUAGUCAUAGUUGUAAAUGAUAGGUCUUUUAUAUAAUAUAUAUAUAUAUAUAUAUAUAUAUUUUGUUAUUCUUUUCAUUUUCCAAAGAUACAGAAAUUAUUAAGUUGUAGCAUCAUUGGUAAAUUUGAGUAUACUAUUUCCGCUGUAGCUUGUAUCCAUUCAUUAAUUUCAAGGCACGAAUUAUUGUUUA